CCUCAGGAGUUGGUAACUCGGUAUAUAUAUAGCAAAUUACAAGGAUAAAGAUAAGGAUAACUUCGAGAUACAAAUCAAUCCUAUCCUAGCUAAUGGAGUACUAUCUCUAGUUAGAACUUAACAAUAUACUACAUAAGAGUACGUAGGGUGAAAUCCAUGGCAACGCAACUACUCAGAUAGCUACGCAAGUACACCUACGCAGAUAGCUAAAACACCGGAGGCGAUGUACGGCUGGUCUGGCAUCCCAGCGGCGGUGAAGGUGGAGAAGGAGAACGAAUGGAAGACGCCGGCGACUUGGGAAUGGAAGGCGCCGGCGACCAGGGUGGCCGGGGAAUACGUCACGCUGAAGGUGCAGGGCACCGACGGCCGCGCCGUCUACCGCACCAUGCUGCGGACGGAGGAGCUGCAGGGACUGAUGGACUUCUACUACGACCGCUCGCAUGGCCGGGUGCAGCGCGGCACGGGCCGGUUUCUGUUCGACGGCCGCCGGCUGCGCGGCUGGCAGACGCCGGCGGAGCUCCAGAUGGAGGACGGCGACGAGGUCAAUUUCUUCGAGGAGUUGAUCGGUGGCGCCGCCGGAUCUGGAUGGGAUCCCCCAUCGUCGAUCCUCGCGUAGCUUGUUCCUGGUAGUUAUGGAUUUAGUCUUUUAGAUAUGAACACUGCUACACAUACUAUUUUUUUCUUACUAAAUCUUUACUAACAAUCAUCUCAACCGUUUAAUUUAGAUAGAUAGAAGUUAUAAAAAAUCUAGAUACACUUACUGGUGGAGAAACCAUCUUUGAUCGGUCGACCAAAUUCCACAAUAGUCUCGGUUCUAUUUAAAACCGGGACUAAAAACGAUUUUUUAGUCCCGGUUAAAAAAAGUCUCGGUUCCAUUUAAAAUCGGGACCCGGUUAAAAAAGUUUUGAUCUUUAGGCCCUAAAGAUAAUUUUUAGUCCCGGUUUAUCCCCUGUCAGGGGGCCGAUGAUAUUUAGUCCCGGUUCAUAAUACCAACCGGGACUAAAGAUUACCACUUUAGUCUACAUCCUAGUUGCUAGUACCAACCGGAAGUGGGAGUAAAAUUCGCAACCACUUCCUCACCCACAGAUCGAUCCUUCCCUCUUCUCCUCCUCCCCCCUCUCCUAUCUUACACAGAUCCUCCCCUUUCUCCUUCCCCUCCCCUUCCUCCUCCCUCACCUGGAGAUAGAUCUUACACAGAUCCUCCCAUUCCUCCUUCCUUCCCCUCCCCUUCCUCUUCCCUCACCUGGAGAUGGAGAAGGCCGCGCCGCGCGGACGCGGUAGACGGACGCGCAGUGUGCGGCGCAGACGUGUGUUGCAGGGGAAGCACAUGCGCGCAGUAGUAAUGGUAGCGGUAGCCGGCAGUAGUGGGAUUGAUAUUUCGUGAUUGAUUUCUUGAGUAGUAGCAGUAGUAGCGGUUGUGGGAUUGUUGCAAGGGAAGCACAUGCGCGCAGUAGUAACGGUAGCAGCAGCCAGCAGUAGUGGGAUUGAUAUUUUGUGAUUGAUUUCUUGAGAAGUAGCAGUAGUAGCGGUUGUGGGAUUGAUUUCUUGAGUAGUAGGAUUGAUUUCUUGAGUGGUUGUGGGAUUGAUUUCUUGAGUAGUAGCACUAGUAGCGGCAUCCGGCAGCUUGUUUUCUCUCUCUUUAUAUUUUUUUGAUAUUUUGUGAUUCACUAAGAUGUAUAAUUUUGUGAUUCAUUGUAUAGAUUUAAGAUGUAUAAUCUGUGUUGUA